GCGCAUGCAUAAAGAAUAGAGCAGCAUGCUUGAACAUGGUUAUACCUCAGUAGACAAUAUGCUACGUUCCAGCCAGCACACUAGACCCCACUGACAACCGAGGUAUCCCAAAUAGGAAAGUGGACGCACUACUUAGUAGAUUGUGUGAUCCCCUCAACUCUGCUCACUGCACUACACGAUAAGCCCCUCUCUUCUUCUUCUUCUUCUUCUCCUCCUCCUCGCGGCAGAUCAAGUCGGAGAUGAAACUGUCAUUCGAACCAAGUAUAUAAACAUCCCAAUUGGCCCCUCUUACCUAGGUGAGCUCACACAAUCUUCUCGAACUCCAUCAUACUCCCGCGAUCGCAAGUCCAACCAAACAUGACAGUCACGAAGCUCUCCGGCCCCGAAGACUGGCGCGCCAUCGUCGCCCACAAGCGCCAGCAGCUCGACUCGCAAAUCCCCUCCGCCUGGCGCCUGACCGACUCCUUCCGCGCCUCCCUCCCCGCCAACGGCCACCUUCUGGCCUUCGACGCCGUCCGCAAGAGCAACAUCCUCACCUCCGCAGAACUCGACCUCACCGAGAACUAUACCGCUGGCCAGUUACUCCAGCGCCUCGCCUGGGGCGAUGUCAGCGCCGUCGCCGUGACCACCGCAUUCUGUAAGCGCGCCGCCGUCGCGCAGCAAUUGACAUCCUGUCUGACAGAGCACUUCUUCGAUCGAGCGCUCGAGCGAGCGAGGUAUCUGGAUGACUAUCUGACGCGGGAGGGGAGGGUCGUCGGUCCGUUGCAUGGGUUGCCGGUCAGUCUCAAGGAUAGUUUCCGCGUGGAGGGGGUCGAUACCAGUGUCGGGUAUGUGUCGUUUCUGGGACAUGGCCCGGCGAAGGAGAACUCCGCGCUGGCGCAGAUGUUGUUGGAUCUGGGGGCGGUGUUGUAUGUCAAGACCAAUGUGCCGCAGACUAUGAUGACAGGCGACUCAGACAACAACAUCUACGGCCGCACCCUGAACCCCCACAACACGAACCUCACCGCCGGCGGCUCGACGGGAGGCGAGGGCGCCCUCGUCGCCCUCCGGGGCUCCAUCCUCGGCGUGGGCACCGACAUCGCCGGCUCGAUCCGCAUCCCAGCCCUCUGCUGCGGCGUCUACGGCUUCAAGCCCACCACCGCCCGCAUCCCGUUCGCGGGCCAGGCCAGCGGCGCCAUGGAGGGCUUGCCGGGCAUCAUGCCCUCCGCCGGCCCACUGGCCCAAUCCUUCGAGGAUCUGGAACUGUUCAUGUCCGCAAUCCUGGACGCAUCCCCCUGGCGAUACGACAGUGCGGCCAUCGCAGCACCUUGGUCCAGGCCAGCGGCCAUGAACCACCAGCAGCAGCAGCUACUAACAAUCGGUGUCCUCGGCGAAUGCGCACACUUCCCGCUCCAUCCCCCCGUGAAACGCGCCUUGGAGAAUGCAAUAGACGCCUUGAAGAAGAAAGGCCAUCGCAUCGUCUACUUGAACCCUGACAACGACAACAACAGCACCACCACAUCCUCGCCCUCACCCUCCACAACCCUCGCUCUCGCAACCAACCUCGCCCACGCCAACCGCCUCAGCUUCCAAUACUUCGUCUACGGCCCCAGCGAAGACCACAUCACCCCCAGCGGCGAACCGCCCGUCCCCUCCGUCGCGAAAGCCAGUUCCCCAAUGUUCACAGGCCCCUUCCCCAUCCCAAUGGACGACGAGAGCGUUUCCCCAUUCACAUUGAUCGAUAGCCUCCACAAGGAACGCCAGAAGUACAGCGACGCGUGGCGCGCGACGUUCGUCACCAACAAGUUAGACGUCGUCCUCGCCCCCGGGGCCCAGAACCCCGCCGUCGAGUGGGAUACCUUCGGGUGGCCGCCGUACACCCUGGUGUGGAAUUUGGUGGACUAUCCAGCCUGCAUCAUCCCCUACGGCCAAGCCUCCAAGGACCUCGAUCCGGAGCCGAUGAUCCUCGCGGAUGGCGUGCAGCCGAGUUGUAUGUCUAGAACCCUCUACUCUAUCUUCUUCCUGCAGCUGGCUGUAUCUUCGUGUGUGACUGGAAAUAUGCAUGGUUAUAUCGCUCUGAAUCACUUGAUAUUUUGACUAAUGCUGGAAAAUGCAGACCAUCCCGACGCAGUCGAUGGUGCGCCCUGCGCGAUCCAGGUGAUUGCGCCGCGGUUUCAUGACGAGAAGUGCUUGGCGGCUGCGAGGAUCAUUGAUCGGGAUAUUCGGCUGUAGGAUCGGACCUUGGUUUUUGGAUGGGGUUGGUUUGGUAAGGCGAUCGAUAGACGGUGAUUUAGUGGGUCAACGAAGAAGUUGGAGAAGUUAUAUCGGUACCUUGUGUGCCGUUGACAAUGUCGAAUGCAUCAUCCCUCUAGUUGACUAGAAGCAGCGAUGAAAUUACCAUUAGCAAUCGCAACAGCUACAGGUACAGUAACAAUAAGCUAUGCAGGGAGCAUUCACCACGGAAAGAGAAUCAAUUCUCAUGCAGAG